AUGGGCCGCACGUGUGGCCGCUACUCUGGCCGCAUCGCGAAUGGUGAGCUCACGGUUGAUGGGAAGGUGUUCAAGCUGCUCCAGAACGAGGGCACGACAACGCUGCACGGUGGACCGGAGAGCUUCUCGAAGCGGCCGUGGAAGUACAUCCUAGUCGAUGGCGAGGAUGAGAUCGGCAUCUCCUUCCACCUCAUCUCGCCCCAUCUCGACCAGGGCUUCCCAGGCGAGCUGUUCGUCACGGCAACGUACUCCAUUCUGAAGAAUAAACCCGCAACGCUCAAGUGGAACUUCCAGGCGGUGUUGUCUGACGCCACACCCGUUGACGCAACGAACAUCAACCUCUGCAACCACGCGUACUGGAACCUCAACGGCGUCCCGUCGGCGCCGCGCCGCCUGCCGGAGCCCAUCGUGAACCACCACUUGCAGCUGCACUCUGCCUACGUGGCGGAGACGAAGAACCUCAUCCCAACAGGGUGCAUGACGCCAGUGGAGGGUACGCCGCACGACUACCGUAAGUGCCGCCCACUGGGAGAGGGAAUGGAGGAGACACGCAAAGAGGGCCGAAACCCUGGUGGCUACGACGACCCCGUCGCGCUCGAGACGUGGGACUCCACGCUGCGUGAGGCGGCGGUUAUCUUCAGCCCGAAGAGUGGCAUCUCAAUGAGCGUGGAGACCACAUCGCCUGUGGUGGUGGUGUACACGGCGAACCACCUGCCAGAGAACGCCAGUGGGGAGCCGGGAGAGCGUUUCCAGCGCCACAGCGGCAUCUGCCUCGAGACGCAGUACUUCCCCAACUCGCCGCACAUUCCCUCCUUCCCAAGCACGCUGAUCAAGAAGGGGGAGAAGUACGACGAGACGACCGUGUGCCACUUCAAGACCGUGCCGCGGAAGUGA